UGACCAAGUGGUGCAAGAAACAGCAACAAGAGAAUAGAGUGUGUUGUCACAGAGGUUUAGUUGUCCAAACGCAGUUGGGAGAAGACGUCAGGAACUAAGGAUUAUAUUCGCACACGGUCAGGACAACAGUUGUGUCCAGGUGCUCUCAGAUGGAUUAUGCCAUGAAGUCUCUCAGCCUUUUGACUCCGUCUUCCCUCUCCAAGUGUGUGACAGCCAGCGUGUCAGCCAGUGCUUCCAUGACCCAGCAGCUCCUGUCGGGUCUAGCUCCUCAGCCAAAGCCCUUCAGAGUCACAAAUGCUGACCGCAGUGUGAAGAAAGGCAUCAUGGCAGAUGCGCUAGAAGACUUGAUGAACAAGGUCAGCGACUCGCUGAGCGUACCGUGUGUCAGUGCGUUGGUGCUGGAUGAGGAUGGCACAGGUGUGGACACAGAGGAGUUCUUCCAGACACUGGCUGAUAACACCGUCCUCAUGGUCCUGGAGAAAGGACAGAAGUGGACCCCACAUCCAAACAGCCCCUCGAGAGAUCAGCUCAGUGAUCACCGGCCGCUGCGCCGGACAGAUGUGGCCAAGCUGACCUUUGACCUCUACAAGAACAACCCUAAAGAUUUCAUUGGCUGCCUGAACGUCAAAGCAACCCUGUACGGUGUUUAUUCUGUGUCCUAUGACCUGCGCUGUUACGCUGCCAAAAACAUGUUGAAGGAGGCUCUGCGAUGGACCAUCUUCUCCAUGCAGGCCACAGGCCACAUCCUGCUGGGCUCCUCCUGCUACAUCGAGCAGCUGCUGGAGGAGGAGGAGCGAGCAGAGAAGAGUCUGCUGCCACAGGAAAGCAGGAUCAGGCAGCUGCAGAGUAUGCUGCUGGGAAAGAUCUGCUACUGAUGACAGACUUGAACUGAUGAUGGUGGAGUGGACAUAUUGUCCAUUCUUAGAUUUAGCACACACAUGAAACUACUUGAUCAUGUCACUGUUUCCUGUGCAGUUUGGAGACACCAGAUACUGCAGCAGUCUGUUCUCACAGUUACUUUGUUGCUCUGUUACAUUAUUUUGCUGCAUAUGUAUGUAGAAGCCAACACUACAAGUUGUUCCUCAGAAAGCACUUUUACUCACUAUCUAACUUUUUCCUAUGGAGAUGAAUAAAUAAAACUAACACUUUUUUAUUU